AUGGCCCACCCAGCGUGGAGAGGAACCAUUACGGGUGUAUACAACUGCACUUGGUAUGUCGGCUCGAUCAUCGCCUCUUGGACCGUUUACGGAUGUUCAUACAUCGAACAUGACGGUGGCUGGCGUAUCCCGAUCUGGAUUCAGAUGGUGACUUCUGGCAUCAUUUGCGUCGGCGUCUUCUUCAUCCCCGAGUCUCCUCGAUGGCUAAUGGCAAACGACAAGCAUGAACAAGCCGCCAAGAUCCUUGCGACCUACCACGGCGAGGGCUCCAUGGAUCACCCUAUCGUGCAGCUCCAGCUCAAGGAAAUGGCACAGCAGAUCCGGACCGACGCGUCUGACAAGAAGUGGUGGGACUACAGCGAGCUUUGGAACACCCACUCGGCUCGUCGCAGACUCAUUUGCGUCUUGGGCAUGGCUGUUUUUGGACAGGUGUCUGGCAACUCGCUGAGCUCCUACUACAUGACCGCUCUGCUAGAGAACGCCGGAAUCGACGACGAGAAGAAGGUUUUGGCAUUGAACGCCAUCAACCCCAUUCUGUGCUUUGGAGCUGCCCUUGCUGGAGCCCGUAUGACGGAUGUCGUCGGUCGCCGGCCCCUCUUGAUCUACUCCAUAAUCUUCUGCUCGUUCUGCUUCGCCAUCAUCACUGGAACCUCGAAGCUUGCCACGGAGGACGCCAGCAACGAGGCAGCUGCCAACACCACGAUCGCCUUCAUUUACAUCUUUGGAAUCGUUUUCAGUUUCGGCUGGACACCGCUCCAGAGCAUGUACAUUGCCGAAACCCUCAACACGGCCACCCGUGCCAAGGGCACUGCCGUCGGCAACUUUGCCAGUGCCGUCGGAAGCACCAUCAUCCAGUACGCCAGUGGACCCGCGUUCCUCAACAUCAAGUACUACUUUUACAUUGUGUUCAUUGUCUGGGACUUGUUCGAGGCCGUGUUCAUUUACUUCUUCUUCCCCGAGACCAAGGACCGUACUCUGGAGGAAUUGGAGGAGGUUUUCAGUGCUCCCAACCCUGUCAAGAAGAGUUUGGAGAAGCGGUCCGCACAGACCGUGUUGAACACCAUGAACGUGGACGAGAAGUUGGCCGGUGUCUGA